AUGUCCUUUUCCUACGAUCGCUACGACCGCCGCCAGUCCAGCUCCACCCGUCGCGGCACCUUCAGCUACUGGGUGCCCCUAGUCUUCACCGUCACCGUCGCGACCGCAGGCCUUGCCGCCUGGGUCUGGAGUGAGCGCCGCGACGAUGAAGAAUCCAACGAUGAUGAUCUGAGCUAUGGAGAGGAAGACUACAAGAGGAUGCCUGAGCCGCGCGACGGCGCCGCGCGCGAGGACGAGACGAUUUACUCGCGCGUCCAGGGCGUGAUGCGCCGGACACCCAGCCCGCAGCAGCUGUUUGACAGUGGCUUGCUGCUGCGGGGGGCUGCUGCUGGUGCUGCGCUGGCGAGCAUUCGCGAGGAGGGCAAGGAUGAUUACCCCGACCACAGCAGAUGGUCUGAGGAGGCGUCGUUGAGACGGAACACGGAGGCGAAGAGCGAGCAGAGCAGGUCGGCCGUCGACGCCAAUGCGAAGAGCUUUGCUGCUUCAGUGCGAGGUGGGCCUUCAAGCGGUGGUAGGAGGAAGACCGUUGCUAUCGUGGUUUCUGCCGAGUCGCUCGUGGACGAUUUCCAUGAGGAACAUGGCCCAUAUCGCUCCGAAAAUGCUACCAUCUUAUCUCACCUCCACGAUACCGACUUCAGCCGCACCAAGCUCUUCGUCCUCGUCUACACGCCUUCCCUCCGCUCCCGACCAAACUCCCCCAACCGCACCGCCUCCCUCGGCUCUUCCUACGAUGCCAUCUCUAAUCCUGCGCGCACACCAGGCGAAGGCGGCCCUGAAGGUCUCUCAACCGCCCUGCGUCUCGUCGAGAAUCCCGCCAUGGUCAUGCCCUUCACUACGCCCUCUGGUCAUGUGCAUAUGCUUCGCCACCUCGCGCCGGAUCUUGUCUACAUUGUUGACGCGUUGAGUGGCUCCAGCGGAAAGAACAUCCAAGACAUCACCCGCUGGGUCGGUCAGACCAUUGUUGUUGUCGGCAGCGACGGCACGGGUCUCGGCGGCCUCAUCGACACUGACGACGAGAGCCAUGCCGGAAAGGGCAAGUCUGAGCACUCAGGCCAUGGGCAUAGAUGGUGGGAGAACACGGAUAUGGUCGGGCUCGGCAAGGGCGUCGAAGUUGUUGAUGCUUCGAGGCUCACGGAUGAUUACGAGAGAAGAGUCGGCGGAAGGGAGUAA